AUGGAGGCGGCGGAUAUCGGAGGCGGUAAUGUGGGCGGGCUGGGUGUGCCGAUGCCUAUGCAGGAGCCCAGGGAUAAGGAGCUGCCGAAGGAGCCUACGAUAACGGGGAGAAGCAGGAGUGGGACCGGCAAGAGUUCAAAGGAGAAGAAGAGCAUGUUUGGGUUUGUCUCAGACCUACUCAGCUCAGAGAAAAAGCCGACUAUAUCAACACCUUAUGAUCCUAUACAUCUGACGCAUGUCGGCUUUGACUUCAACACCGGGCAAUAUACCGGAAUGCCACAGGAAUGGCAGCAAAUCCUGGAUGAUAAUGGGAUCACCAAGGCCGAGCAGGAGCAGAACCCUGAUGAAAUCCUGGCUGUUGUCCGAUUCUACCAAGACCGGGAAAAGCAGGCGAACACACAGGAGGACGAGGUAUGGGAGAAGAUGGGUCAUGCGGGUCCUCAACAUCCGUCCGACAUGUCUAGGGAAAACAGCAGAGAGGGCGGAGCCAAGCCCGACUACUUUGCGCACCCCCGAGCUGCACCGAUGCCUCCUGUCAAGACGCCCACUCAAGAAAGGGACCAGUACUUCCGGGCAGACCGAGCUGCACCUCCUCCACCUGGUGCUGCACCCAAAGCACCCAAGUUCCUUCCCGCAGGCGGACCUACCGUUCCACCCAUCCUGGAUCGAUCCGCCUCGUACCGCUCUCCCCCACAACCGCCCAAGUCGAAGCCCCUCGACCGGGCCAACACGACCCGAGCGCCCACGUCAAAGGCGUCUCCACCGCAGGGUCUGCCCAUGGCCAAGUCGUCCUCAGGCCAGGGGACCGCCAAGCACCUACACCAGGGUCCCGUGGCUGCCCAGCCAUUGGCGAGGGCGCCUACGUCCAAGAAGGAUGCGGCGCAGCAGGGUCAGCCGCGUCGACGUGAUAAGGCAAAGGAGAAUGAGGAUGUUGUGCGCCAGCUGCAGAGUAUCUGUACGCCGGGAGAUCCCAACUUGGUUUAUCGGAGCUUGCAGAAGAUCGGUCAAGGUGCUUCUGGCGGUGUCUACACAGCAUACGACAAGGGCAAUCUCCCAGUCGCCAUCAAACAGAUGAACCUCGAAAAGCAGCCCAAGCAGGAUCUCAUCAUCAACGAGAUCCUGGUCAUGCGCGAAUCCGCCCAUCCCAACAUCGUCAACUUCAAGGACUCGUACCUCUGGAAAGGCGAUCUCUGGGUCGUCAUGGAGUACAUGGAGGGAGGGAGUCUGACGGACGUCGUCACGGCCCACUGUAUGAGCGAGGCGCAGAUCGCGGCGGUAUCGAGAGAGGUAUGCGAGGGAUUGAGACAUUUGCACUCGAAGGGUGUUAUCCAUCGGGAUAUCAAGAGUGAUAAUAUCCUCUUGAGUCUGAAUGGGGAUGUCAAGCUCACCGACUUUGGAUUCGUUGCGAGAAUUACGGAUCCCGCAUCUGCAAAACGGACGACAAUGGUCGGAACGCCGUACUGGAUGGCGCCCGAGGUGGUAACGAGGAAAGAGUACGGACCGAAGGUAGACGUCUGGUCGUUGGGUAUCAUGGCUAUCGAAAUGCUUGAAGGUGAACCACCGUACCUGAAUGAGAACCCCCUCAGAGCGCUCUACCUCAUCGCGACGAACGGCACGCCCAAGGUCAAGGACUGGGACAAGCUGUCGGCGCUGUUCAGGGACUGGUUGACGUGUUGCCUGACGGUGGACGCAGAGAAGCGGCCGACUGCGGAGCAAUUGUUACAACAUACUUUCUUCCGCAACCCCGCACCAUUAUCCAGUCUUGCCAACAUGAUCCGCUCUGCUCGGAAGGGGUCAUCAUAG